AUGUGCAUUGAUUACCAGCAAUUGAACAAGGUGACGAUAAAGAACAAGUAUCCACUGCCGAGGAUUGAUGAUUUGUUUGACCAGCUUCAGGGUGCAAAGGUGUUUUCAAAGAUACACUUGAGAUCUGGCUACCAUCAGUUGAGGAUUAGAGCAUCUGAUGUCCCUAAGACAGCAUUCCGCACUCGGUACGGGCAUUAUGAGUUCCUGGUCAUGUCGUUUGGGUUGACCAAUGCCCCAGCAGCAUUCAUGGAGUUGAUGAACCGAGUGUUCAGGCCAUAUUUGGACAUGUUCGUGAUAGUCUUUAUUGAUGAUAUUCUGGUGUACUCCCGCAGCCAGGAGGAGCACGAGCAGCACCUCAGAGUGGUUCUUCAGACUCUGAAGGAUAGUCAGUUGUAUGCUAAGUUCUCGAAGUGCGAAUUCAUGGUCUCAGAUCCAUGCUCUCACGCUUCUCAUUUUGAGCCUCCAGAUGAAACUGAAAAACCCGCUAAGAUAGUGGAGCAAGAUGAGAUAUCCAGGAAGGUGAAAAUCUUUGAGCAGUCUUUAAGAAUCAUGCGAGGGUUGGCAGGGUUGGUCAACGGAACGAAUGAGCCACUUGGUGAAGACAAUGUGAUUGAAGUUGGUGAAGGUCCCAGUGAUAUUGAUGUGGAACUCAGUGGCUAA